AUCCCUAAUUCUCCGUGUACCCUAUCGGCCCACCCAGCAGGUCAGCACUCCAUCACCCUCGAAGACUCAAGGGAACCAGAACACAACGACAACCAAAUGCUAAACGAAAUAGGUCUUUGAGUUCGCUUUUGAAGGAGAAGAAGCUCGUAUAGUGAUCGAAGAUGGCAGGGAGAUUAAGCAAUGUAGCGUCUCGAAUCAUGGGCGGCAACGGCGUAAUUGGUCGAUCCGUCGCUUCCUCUCUUCGCCUUCGCUCCGGCAUGGGCCUCCCCGUCGGCAAACAUAUUAUCCCCGACAAACCGCUCCCCGUAAACGAUGAGCUGCUUUGGGACAACGGGACCCCAUUUCCUGAACCCUGCUUGGAUCGGAUUGCAGAUACUGUUGGAAAGUAUGAAGCAUUGGCUUGGUUGUGUGGAGGGUUGGGGUUCUUCGCGUCUCUUGGUCUAUUAGUCGUCUGGAAUGACAAGGCCUCCAAGAUACCAUUUGUUGUAACAAUAGUGUUUAGAGUUUGAUCUGAUUACAUCUGUCAACGAAUGGAUUGAAGAAGUUUUUAGAGAGCAGAGAAAGAAGAAAGCCGAAAUGGAGAGUUUCGUUCAGGCAACAAAAUGGAGAAGAAUACCUCAGUUGGAGAAGAAGAAGGUCCUUAUGGAGGAAAUUACAAGCAGAGGGAAGAAGCUAUUGAAAAUCAGGGAAGAUCGACGAGCAACUAUCAUAAUGGAAUCAGAAGUAGUGGACUGGCUUAAAGGCUUCGUAGAUGGCCUUCUAUUUGCAGAAAGAAUACAAGGGUGGGGAAAUGAAACGAAAAACAAUGGGAAGAGAUUCACAGUAGAAAAUAGAAGGAACAGAAAUGAAGGAUUUAUUUUACUAACAGAGUUCUUUGGCAAAGGGAGAAAACAACUAGUAUGCCUUCCAGAGGGACAAGCUAAACAGGGGUGGAAGAUGGUUGCAGGUGCACUUGAUGAUUUCGACCAGAAAAAAUGGGAGUUCUCGAAUACUGAAGAGCAAACUAUGAGGAAAGAACAAAAAUCUGGGGAGGUGAGUGAGAGCCAAACUGGGAAAGCAAACCAGCAAAAGCAAACUAAAAGGAUUACUCCUAUAACAGUACGAAGGAAUGGGGACUGGUUUAAGAGGAAAGUUGCGAAAGUGAAAACAGAGGUUAAGGAUUGGGAAGAAGUAUUGCAAAUUCUACUGGAGACGCUUCAGCCAAAAGAGAAAAUCACCCUCAUCCCAUUUGAAAAGAAUAAGGCAAUACUUGACAUGGCCGAACUUCAGACUGUGAGCAGAAUCCUUGAAACCAAUCUUGGMCAGAUUGCAGUGGAAAAUUGGUCGCCCUCCUGUAACGAACUGAAUAUCUCGCAGAAGACCAUAGUUAUCAAGAUUCUGGGUUUACCCUUCAACCUCUGGCAGGAGCACAUAUUCCAUAAGAUAGCAGUGGCCUGUGGUGGGGUCUUGGAAGGUUUUUGCAUGCAAAACCUUCAAGCGGCAAAGAUUAAAGUUACAUGUGGAAGAUUGGAAAGAAUCCCAAGAAGCCUGGACAUCUUCGCAGAUGACUGUUGGAGAAAGGUGUGGUUGGUGUCGGAAGUCGAAGCAAGGCUGUGGAACAGUUUGGAGGUAGAAGAAGAUGAUGACGUGGACUGUUGGAGGCCAUGUGGCGAGAGCUGGGUGGACCGUCCAAAAGGUCAAGUUGACCAGGCUUUUAUGGAAAUUGAAAAGUUGGGCAAUAGAUUAAAGGAGAUUGCUUGGCCAUUUAAGGGAGAUUUUUUGAAAAAAAUGCGAAUGGGAUCCAACGGCCCAAAAGAAAUCCUAUGCUGAGGUGCUGCAAUCAAAAAAAGGGCCACCUUGCGCUCAAUUUACAAAAUCAAUUGAAAAGUCGGACCCAGGUCCCGAUCCGAAAGUCUAAUCUGGGCCAGGUCUUUCAAGUUGGGUCACGUGACCCUUUUAAAAGUCAUGCACAAAGCUCCCUUGCGUUGAUGGUGGACGAUGAUUGUGGUCUAUCAUCGUCCCAAAGUGUGCCUAUUCGCUCGAAUCGUCCCCAAACAGGAACGACGAUCAGAAAACUCUCCCCUCCUCUUCCUCCGGCUGCGGGAAAGACAUCGGCGACUGGGUUGAAGCUGCAUUGGAUGCCGGCGACUGAAGAAAACUCCACGACGCCUGAGAAGCCAAACCCUCGCUACAAUAGGGUCUCGCAAGGAGACUCUGAAGAUGACUCAGAUUGGGAGGCGUUAAGAGAUGUGGAAGAAGACGAGGGUGAUC